AUGACGAGUGAAUUUAGAAGAAGCUUUAAACUGAAGGCAAAGCGGCAAUUCAAGCCUCACAGCAAACAGCACCAUUUUGGCAGCAAAUCGAAAAUAUCGAUCGCACAUCUGACGGCAUCAGGAAUCUGGAGUAAACAUAACCGAGCGCUCAGCUGGUAUAAUUCAUGGCUCGCAUUGCAGUUCGUGAAUUUGCCGAGUGAUCUAUUCGGCAUCUUCCCUCCACCAAAGGAAAAUUGCGAUGAAGAAAAUGAAUCGGAAGACUAUUGGCAACCGUUCGUCUCUACAUUUCUCAGAAUAGAGGACCUCAUCACAUCGUCCGACUCCAUCACGAUUGAUCAGAUUAUAGCCUUGCUGAAAGAUGAGGGUCUUUUAAGGGCAGAUGGAACAGAGGGUGAUAAUGAUGAGCGCAAUUAUCACUAUGCCCGGUACUUCGUCUUCUGCGUCCUGGGCUGGCAGACUAUGCUUUUCACUCCGACCCCCAAGGGAAGCAGCAAUGGUAUCCUAGGAGCAGAGACACCGCAGCUCGCAAUCGAUGAGACGGAUGGAUGCUGCGGAUACACCCACAUGUCGCUACAACAGGAUCGCCGCGGCUGUUCCAACGAGCCACUAAGCGAAUUUCUAAUGGGAUUCGGUGUCCUACUCCCCUCCAAAAGCCUCUGUCUUGACGAGGAUCCCAAUAUCCAGCAUGCAUUCCACAAGCAGACAGAAGUGCACGCGAGGACAUUCAAUGCGUACUCGUUAAGCGCCGUAGCGGGGCUUCGAAUCAAAUGGGUGGAUGCGCUCGCGUGCCAUCUGGAAUUCAAUUCGACAACGAAAGAAAUUUCGCUCUUCCGGUUUCCUUCGUUUUGUCAGUCGUUGCUUCUUGAGUAUACGAAGGGUCGUCGGAGGAAUGUUAUUCAUGCUUGUGCAACGACAAGUAGUUCGCGCUCUUACUGGGCUACCGAGGAAGAGGUUAAUCAGCUGCUUGUUGAGAUACUGCUUUCUUAUCGUCUUCUCUUUGGGCAGACGAGGAAGUCGAGAAGCCUUUUCCGUUCGUCCUUAAAUCCUUUUAUCAAGAAUCACUUUGUCAAGAAGGUUGCUUAUGAUGUGAACGUACGGGAUCCGAUAUUGUCGGCAUUAUGUGGAACGAAAGAUUCUUUUGAUAGUAUCCUCAGUGGCCUUGUGGAAAAGGAUUUAUAUCAUCUUCCGCGCGACUUUCCUAUCCUUCGAUACCGCAUAUCAGUCUUGCAGAGAUAUCUCUCUAUCACGACGCCUCGUACAUGGCUGCAGCUAUGGCGAGACAAUAGGGAUUCGGCUGGUUGGUUGACAUUCUGGGCUGUGAUUGCCUUUGGAGUUUUUGGAUCGGUCAUGGCCUUUCUGCAGGUCGUUCUGCAGUUUGUACAGAUUAUUCAACAGUAA